AUGGAAAGGACGGCAUGGCUGUUCAGACGGCGCCACGCAAGCUGGCAACGAAUUGGAAUCGCCCCUUCAAAGUUCGGAGCGGCUGCUGCCACGGCCGGACAUUCAGCCUAUCAACCGCCGUUCUGGGGUCGAGACGAACCAGACACGCGCGGAGUUUCGAGACCGGGCGGCCUGGGCCACUCAGUGGAGGGCGAGUUCGACAGGUUGGCGGUUGGAAUCCGAGACGUCCAUUCGCCUCUCCGGGGCUCGGCGUUGUCGUCAGCCUUCCUUCAGCCGUCGAAGAAUUUGGCCACUUCGGAUAUGUGUGCCGGACCGGCAUACUCGUACCAAUACUACGCAUUUUCACCCAGCAAAGGGCAUGAACCGCCUGCCCGGAGUGCGCACUCGCCGGUUUCCCAACAGAUUGGGACCAUGUCUUGUCUCGUCUGCAUCAUGGGGUAUAAUACAAGCAUUGCUUUGUGCUGCGAAUAG